UGAGUAUUAGUUUCCACCGGGACAAAGUAUAUCAGGAUGGGAUUUGUUCGUUCUCUGUUCGAGAAACAGUUGUGAAAUUAAGAGUUUCGCUUCGAACGACAAUCAACCGUCGCCGCUGCAAACGAGAUGUCUUCCCAAGUCAGACUGAGGCUGCUGCCGAGUGCCAAGUGUUUGUUUGAUGAGCCUGUUCAGGUGAAGGUGGCCGGACUGAGGUCGAAGCAGCUGGUGACCAUGAGAGCCAGAUCGACUGAUGAGAAAGGGAUGAUGUUCAGCUCCUCGGCCACCUACAGGGCUGAUGGGAGCGGGGAGAUCCACCUGGACAGAGACCCCUCACUCAGCGGGACUUAUGUUGGGGUUGAGCCCAUGGGUCUGCUGUGGUCCAUGAAGCCAGUCACUUUGCACAAAAGGUUUAUAAAGACGAGUUCACUGACCCCCCAGGUGGUGAAGUUCUCAGUGCACGAGGAGGAGGGCAAGAUGCUGGCAGAGGCGAUUAACGAGAGGUUUCUGAUUGGAGAUGAGGUCAGUCGACGUCCAGUCAAAGAAGGGAACAUCCGUGGGGUCCUGUUUACUCCCCCAGGAAGAGGUCCAUUCCCUGCUGUGUUAGAUCUGUACACUUUUGGUGGAGGUCUGUCGGAGAAAAGGGCCUCUCUGCUGGCCACCCGAGGAUUUGUGGUUCUGACUGUCGCGCUGUACGGCCACGAUGACCAGGCAAAAAACAUCAAAGAGGUCCAUAUGGACUAUUUUGAAGAAGCAAUCGAGUUUCUAAAAAGACAAGAUAAGGUGGGCAGUGAAGGAGUUGGUGUAAUCUCCCUUUCAAAAAGUGGAGAUCUUGCACUUUCCAUAGCCUCCUACCUGCCAGGUGUUAAGGCCACAGUGUGGAUCAAUGGCUGCUCUGCCAAUACAGCGCUCCCCCUCUACUACAAGAAGAGACUAAUCCACUCUGCUUUAAUGUUUGACUUUGAGAAAGUAAUUCCCACUGAGUCCGGAGCUGUCAUUGGCAGGUACGUUCUUGAUAAUCCCUUGGCAGAGGAGAACAAGGACGCCCUGAUCCCCAUUCAAAGAGCAAAGGGACAUUUCCUUUUUGUGGCCUCAGAGGACGACCUCAACUGGGACAGCAAAACUUACAUGGACGAGAUGGUGGAGAGACUGAAGCGUCAUGGGAAGGACAACUUUGACAGUGUGUCCUACCCUGAAGCUGGGCACUACUUGGAGCCACCUUAUGGACCCUACUGCCCCUCCAGCUUCCAUGGAGUUGUGCGUAGGCCAGUUGUGUGGGGGGGUGAGGCCAGGUCCCACGCAGCAGCUGAAGUCCACAUGUGGAAAAAGGUCCAGGAAUUCUUCAGAACUCACCUGAGCUGUGAUGCUGCACAAACCAAUCCCAAGUUAUAAAUGUAAACAGGAUGAUAAGAAAGACAAAGAAAGGUAAAUUAUGAUUGUCACUUGGGAUAGCUACAUCUAGUACUACUGCCUUCCUCUGCUGUUUAUUGACCACCACAAAAUCAGUUUAUCAGUCUAGAUUUGUAAGUCCUACAGAAUCUCGACUCAGUCGACCUCUGUGACUUUUUCUCGUUGUCUUCCAUUUUGAUCCGGAGACAUCUGGCCCAUACUCAGUGCAGAUGUUUCUUUACCGCUGGUCCAGAAUUCAGCUACCACAUCACUCCUGUCCUCCAACAGAUCCACUGGCUCCCAGUUCAGUUCCACAUUCAAUUCAUAAUCCUCCUGUUAACAUUUAAGGCCAUCCACAACCUCGUCCCCCCAUAUCUGUCUGACUCCCUCAGGUUCCCUCAGAUUAUCUUCCUCCUCCACCUCUGUCCCCUCUGCCCGUCUCACCACCAUGGAGAACAGAGCAUUUAGCUGCUCUGAUCCCCGUCUCUGGAAUUCAUUACCACCCCAACGGAGAAACAUGGAUUCAUUCGUCCAAUUCAAAUUACAACUUAAAACGCAUAGCAUUGUUGUUAUAAUCCAGCAUGUUUAUGUCCAUUGCUGUAUAAAUAGGCGUUCAUUAAUGUGGACUGUCCCUACCAAAUAAAUAAAUAAAUCUAUCCAAACUGCA